AUGGCAGGACGCGAAGACACGGCGACGCAGCGACACUACAAAGCACCCUACACCACGCACCGGCCAAUCCCCACUGUCCAACGCUACCGCCAGGAGAAGGCCCAGCGCGGCACCACCGAAGAGAUUGCCCAGGAGGAGCCUAGUUGGACCGAACGAGCUGAAAAUGCCUACAAGACAUACUGGAAGGGGGAGCAGCCCGAGUCGGCCAAGGAUGCUGCCGACGGCUCGAUCCAGCACUACCAGAGCACCAACAAGAACUUAGCGGAUCAAGAAGGGCAAGGCGAUGGCGACAAGCGUCACAACGAGCACAACGAGCGCGAGGACGAAGGCCCCAAGAAAGAUGACCGAGGGUUUGAGAUUGCAGAGGACACUUCCGAGGCCCACGUGGUCGGAGGGCAGGACCCCAAGGACAAACGGAAGCAAAUGAAGAAGAGAAAGGAAGACACAGGUGGGCGCCAGGUCACGGAUCCCGUAACCCAUCUUCCCGUCACGAUUCACGAUUUUACGAAGAAAGAUCUUAACAAGUCUCCCGAAAACGAACCUACUUCAGGCACGCACAAGCGUUCAGCUACUGGCAAUAGUGCCAAGUCGAAGGAUGAUAAUGAACUGCGGGAUGAGACUGCUGAGUUGCAGUCGUACCAUUCUGGCAUGGAGAUGAUGUUCCCUCCGCCUAAUUAUGACAAUGCACGGAUUGAACUGGAGAAGAUAUAUCAAACCGCAACCACCACUGGGCUGGGCCUAGUGGUUACCCUAAUGGCAGUCCUGCUGGCAUUGAGCCACAUUUUCAUUCGAUCCACUUUGAGUGUUUACAUCACCGCCCCCGCGGUGCUUCUGGCCACUCUAGGCCUAGGUGCUGCAGUGACGUGGGGAAUGCGAGAUUGGGUCACGAACAAGGUUGAGGCUGUGUGGGAAGACGAAGUGUGGGAGUCCGAGAGACAGCAAGGCAAGAGCAUGGUAAAAUCGGAAACGCCGGAAUCAACGCAGUGGCUCAACUCGUUGAUGGCUUCCAUCUGGCCAUUGGUCAACCCUGACCUCUUCGUCAGCAUGGCGGAUACGCUUGAGGAUGUCAUGCAAGCGAGUUUGCCGAAACUUGUUCGCAUGGUUAGCGUUGAAGACCUUGGUCAGGGCAGCGAAGCUCUCCGGAUUCUCGGCGUCCGAUGGCUACCGACAGGAGCUGCGGCUCAAUCGGUAUCUCAAGACGGUAAGCUGAGGAAGAACAGCGACCCAAAGGAUAGUGAUCGGACGGUCCCUGGCCAAGGCGAGGUUCAAAGUGAUGAUGAAAAAAAUGGAAGCAACGAAAGUUUGCAAGAUGACCAAGACCAAGAGAACAUUGAAGAAGGCAUGGAGGCAGAAGAAGGAGAUUUCGUCAACAUGGAGGUUGCAUUCGCGUACAGGGCAAGGACUUCCAGGAAAGGCAUCCGGGAUCGAGCGAAGAAUGCGCAUUUGUACCUUGCCUUCUAUCUUCCUGGAAACAUUAAAUUUCCCGUCUGGGUUGAGCUUCACGGUCUCGUUGGCACCGUUCGCUUGAGGCUCCAACUCACACCAGACCCGCCAUUCUUUAGCCUGUGCACUCUGACGUUCCUUGGACAGCCUAAGGUUGACGUCUCUUGCGUUCCCUUGACGCAGAAGGGCCUUAACAUCAUGGAUCUACCUCUGAUCUCAAACUUUGUUCAAAGUUCCGUGGAUGCUGCCAUGGCCGAAUACGUUGCGCCGAAAUCGCUCACCCUGGAUCUUAAGGACAUGCUUAUGGGCGACGAUUUCAAGAAGGAUACGGCAGCCCGUGGUGUUAUUGUCGUACGGAUCAAGCGUGCGUAUGAUUUCAAAGAGGGAGAUUCUGGGAUGCUUGUGAAAAAGGGCUCUACGGACGGCUACAUCACCGUUGGUUGGGCCAAAUUUGCGAAGCCUCUGUGGUCAACUCGCAUCAUCCAGGCGGACAUGGAACCCCACUGGGACGAGACUUGCUUUGUUUUGGUCACUUCAGACGAGCUCAAUGUACAGGAACGCCUCCGUGUGCAGCUGUGGGACUCGGAUCGGCAUACUGCCGACGAUGAUCUUGGUCGGAUUGAGGUCGACAUCAAACAGAUCAUGAAAAAUCCACAGUCUGAUGGCAAGAUACAGCAGAGGGUGGACGGCUUCAAGGCCCUCCAGGCUGGCGAGAGCAUGCCCGGCAAGUUGGAAUGGGAAGUGGGAUACUUCUCAAAGACUCGCAUCAUGGAGUCCCAGUUGCAGCAACAAACUAGCUUCCCCGAAAUCCGCACCAUGGACAAAUUGCAGGAGUUGGUGGAUCAGGAAAGUGAGAGGAAGCUUCGGGAAAGCAAGCGGGAUGAGUCUGCCGAGUUUGAGCAGCUGAAAGAGCAAGAGUUCAAGGAAAAGGAAGACCAGCUCGUUAUCGCGGCGCCUCCGCCACAAGAUUACCCCAGUGGCAUUCUUUCUAUCACUAUCCACCAAAUUUCCGGCCUUGAACUGGGAGCUCUCAACAAGAAAAAGGCAGAAAAGCACGAAGAUGAGAGCGAAGAGGAGGAAGAGGAUGAUGACCUGCCGAGCAGCUAUUGCACCAUCAUCCUCAACCACCAAAAGGUCUUCCGCACCCGCACGAAGCCGAAGAACGCCCAACCCUUUUUCAACGCCGGCUGCGAACGCUUCGUCCGCGAUUGGCGCAACACCGAUAUACACAUUGGUGUGCGCGACGCUCGCGUGCACGAGGAUGACACGCUCCUCGGAAUUGUCUAUCUCCCGCUCGGCGAAGUUCUGAAAGAACGCUCGCAGAUCAACGGCCACUACCCGUUGCUUGGCGGCGUGGGUUACGGCCGCAUGCGCAUCUCGAUGGUCUUCCGCUCAGUGCAGCUGCAAGCCCCACAGUCGCUGCUAGGCUGGGACUUCGGGACGCUGGAAGUGGCACCAGAGAUCACCGGCUCAGACUUGCCGUCGGACCUGCUGGGCCACCGGCUGAAAGUGCGCACGACGCUGUCGAAGGGCAAGAUGCAAUCGCGGGGCAACGGGGUAUGGAGGACGAGCAAAGACCGCACGAUCAAGCUUCCGGUGCGCAAGCGGUACGCCAGCCCACUGGUAAUCGAGUUCCGCAAAGCGCGACCAAUGAUGGACCCGACGGUGGCGUUUGCGGUGUUCUGGCUGAAAGACAUGCCGGACAACUCGGAGACGACGGUGACGGUGCCGGUGUGGAAGGGCGGCGACAUGAAGCGCGCAACGACGUGCUAUCUGGACAGCUGCGGCGAGCAGGUCGGCACGCUGCGCCUCAGCCUCGUCUUCUGGAGCGGCAUCAGCAGCUACCACGCCCCGCUGGCAGCACGCAACCCGGACCUGGGCCAGGUGAUGGAGGUGCUGGAGACGGCGGGCGACAACGAAGAGAUGGAGUUCGAUACCGAGGGCUUUGCGUCGGACAGCUCGAGCAGUAGCAGCGAUAGCAGCACUGAUACGGACGACGACGACAGCGACGUCGCUGCUGAGGAAGAGACGUCCCGCUCGAGUUUGAGCAAUGGUAGUGGUGGUGGCAGUAAGCGUGGCUCGAAGGACUUGAGUAAGGAUGGUAAGAGGGGCCCGAUCAGCUCGAUCAGGGACUAUAAGCACCAUCGGCGCCAGCUGCACCGCCAAAAUAGGGGCGUCAUGCAGUGGAAGGGCCCGCGCACGCUGCAGUGGAUGAAGCAUAAGCUCGAGCACGGCGAGCAGCAUAUCGCGGACAAGUUCAGCCGGCAUACGCGCGAGCCGGGCAUUGAGACUGAGGCGUAGGGGUAACGGUCCUGCGUGCUUGUGGUGGGUGUGUUGAUUGGGUUGGGUUGGAUACAUAGUCUCUUGCUUAGGGACGAGGGAAGAGGAGGGAGAAAAGUUUGGAGUGCGUACAUACUUGUGUAUGUGGGUUGUAGUAGGGAAGGGGGUGUUGUUUGUGUAGGCCCUACCUGUACCUACCCACCUAUCCUUUUGGCCGGUGGCGAAUCUUGCAUUUCUAGUACCCCUCUUGUAAUGUAUACGCUCUAGGACCUUUUUAUUUAUAUUUAGCACUUGUGCUUAUAGCCAAACAAAGAGUAUUCUACAAGG